UCAGCAUUGUCAGAAGUGUGCUCAGCCAUGCUUGGCAAAGUGGCAUCUGGCCAGCAUGUUUUCCUGGGCAGCUUCCCUGGUCAGUCUGCAGAUCCCCAUUAUUUAUUGCUGGGCCUUCAGCUGCUACAAGACAGAGUCCUCUCCUGGCUUCAGCCUAUCAGGGGAUUACCUCCUUGCAGGCCUGUUCGCUCUCCAUGCAGACUGCCUGCAGGUGAGACACAAACCCCAGGUGACACGUUGUGACAGAGCUGGCAGCUUCAAUGGCCAUGGCUACCACCUCUUCCAGGCCAUGCGUUUCAGCAUUGAGGAGAUAAAUAAUUCCACAGCAUUGCUUCCCAACAUCUCCCUGGGAUAUGAACUGUAUGAUGUGUGCUCAGAGUCUGCCAACGUGUACGCCACACUGAGGGUGCUUGCCCAGCAGGGGACUGACCACAUAGAGAUGCAGAGAGAUCUUCACAACUAUUCCUCCAAGGUGGUGGCACUUAUUGGUCCAGACAACACUGACCACGCUGUUACUACUGCUGCCCUGCUGGGCCCCUUUCUGAUGCCACUGAUCAGCUACGAGGCCAGCAGUGUGAUGCUCAGUGAAAAACGCCAGUACCCAUCUUUUCUUCGUACCAUCCCUAGCGAUAAGUACCAGGUGGAGGUCAUAGUGCUGCUGCUGCGGAGUUUUGGGUGGGUCUGGAUUUCACUCAUUGGCAGCUAUGGUGAUUACGGGCAGCUGGGCGUGCAGACGCUGGAGGAACUGGCUACCCCACAGGGCAUUUGCAUUGCCUUCAAGGAUAUCGUGCCUUUUUCUGCCCAAGCGGAUGACCUGAGAAUGCAGCAGAUGAUGCGCCGUUUGGCUCAAGCCAGGACCACUGUGAUUGUGGUUUUCUCUAACCGGCACCUGGCUGGAGUGUUCUUCAGGUCUGUGGUGCUGGCCAACCUGACUGGCAAGGUGUGGAUCGCCUCAGAAGACUGGGCCAUCUCCACAUACAUCACCAAUGUGCCUGGGAUCCAGGGCAUUGGGACAGUGCUGGGUGUGGCCAUCCGGCAGAGGCUUGUUCCUGGCUUGAAGGAGUUUGAAGAGUCUUAUGUCAGGGCACUAAAGGGUGCCCCCAGGUCUUGCCCAGAGGGCUCCUGGUGCAGCACUAACCAGCUGUGCCGAGAAUGUCAUGCUUUCACAACACAUAGCAUGCCCAUGCUUGGAGCCUUUUCCAUGAGUGCUGCCUACAAUGUGUAUCGGGCUGUGUAUGCUGUGGCCCAUGGCCUCCAUCAGCUCCUGGGAUGUACCUCUGAGACCUGUUCCAGGGGCCCAGUCUACCCCUGGCAGCUUCUGCAGCAGAUCUACAAGGUGAAUUUCCUUCUACAUAAGGAUACUGUGGCAUUUGAUGACAGCGGGGAUCCUCUAGGUGACUAUAACAUCAUCGCCUGGGACUGGAAUGGGCCUGAAUGGACCUUCGAGGUCAUUGGCUCUGCUUCGUUGUCUCCAGUUCAGCUAGACAUAAAUAAGACGAAAAUCCAAUGGCAUGGGAAGAACAAUCAGGCACCUACCUCUGUGUGUACCAGCGACUGUCUUGAGGGGCACCACAGAGUGGUUGUAGGCUCCCACCACUGUUGCUUUGAGUGCAUGCCCUGUGAGGCUGGGACCUUUCUCAACAAGAGUGAUCUUCACAUCUGCCAGCCUUGUGGAAAAGAGGAAUGGGCACCCGAGGGAAGCACGGCUUGCUUCUCACGGACCGUGGUGUUCUUGGCUUGGCAUGACCCCAUCUCUCUGGUGCUAGUAACAGCUAACACACUAUUGCUGCUGCUGCUGUUUGGGACCACUGGCCUGUUUGCAAGGCAUCUUCACACGCCUGUUGUGAGGUCAGCUGGGGGCAGGCUGUGCUUCCUCAUGCUGGGCUCCCUGGCUGCAGGGAGUUGCAGCUUCUACUGCUUCUUCGGGGAGCCCACAGUGCCCACGUGCUUACUGCGCCAGCCCCUCUUUUCUCUCGGUUUUGCCGUCUUCCUCUCCUGUCUGACAAUCCGCUCCUUCCAACUGGUCAUCAUUUUCAAGUUUUCCACCAAGGUACCCACAUUCUACCACACUUGGGCCCAAAACCAUGGUGCCAGUCUGUUUGUCAUUGUGAGUUCCACGGUCCACUUGCUGAUCUGUCUCAUGUGGCUUGCAAUGUGGACUCCACUGCCCACCAAGGAAUACCAGCUCUUUCCCCAUCUGGUGAUUCUUGAGUGCACAGAGGUCAACUCCGUGGGCUUCCUGGUGGCGUUCACCCACAAUAUUCUCCUCUCCAUCAGCACCUUUGCCUGCAGCUACCUGGGUAAGGAACUGCCAGAGAACUAUAACGAAGCCAAAUGUGUCACCUUCAGCCUACUCCUCAACUUCGUAUCUUGGAUCGCCUUCUUCACCAUGACCAGUAUUUACCAGGGCAGCUACUUGCCCGCGGUCUAUGUGAUGGCAGGACUAACCACUCUGAGUGGCGGCUUCAGCGGUUACUUCCUCCCCAAGUGCUAUGUGAUUCUCUGCCGGCCGGACCUCAACAAUACAGAACACUUCCAGGCCUCCAUUCUGGACUACACGAUGCGUAGCCGCUCUACCUGAUCCGCAGAGACUGUUGGGGCGGGGCAGACCGGAAGCCUCUUUUGUCCUGAAGGUGGUAGAUCCAGCGGGGCGGUGGGUC